AUGGCUCGAGCUGCCGCCCAGGGUAUCCUCCAAGGAGGGAAUCCCGCUAAAUAUGAUUCCUCGAACCCUAUCGUGAUGUUCAUUAUCCAGGCGGGUAUCAUCAUCAUCCUUUGCCGACUCGUCCACUGGCCUCUUUCCAAAAUUCGUCAACCCACUGUAAUCGCUGAGAUUAUCGUUGGAAUUCUUUUGGGCCCAAGUUGCUUUGGACGAAUCCCAAAAUUUACCGAGACUAUAUUCCCAUCAGAAAGUACUCCCGCGCUAAGUGUUGUGGCUAACCUGGGUUUAAUUUUAUUUUUAUUCUUGGUUGGCUUGGAAACAGACUUGCGCUUCCUUAUGAGAAAUUGGCGCGUGGCAUUCAGUGUUUCAGCUCUGGGAAUGGUUCUGCCCUUUGGGUUGGGUUGUGCCAUUUCCUAUGGACUAUAUAAUCAGUUUCAAGAUGAUCCGGACACUGUUCCGACGUCCUUUGGCACUUUUCUUCUGUUUAUUGGUAUCGCGAUGGCGAUCACAGCUUUCCCUGUGCUGUGUCGUAUUUUGACCGAGCUGAAACUUCUCGGAACUGAUGUUGGUGUCAUUGUGCUUUCAGCUGGUGUCGGAAAUGAUGUGGUGGGAUGGAUUCUGCUCGCCCUCUGUGUCGCCCUGGUGAAUGCUGAUAGUGGUAUCACUGCGCUAUACGUCUUGCUCGUGGCUGCCGGAUAUGUGCUGUUUCUAAUCUUUGUGUUUCGACCUCUGUUCAUUCGUUUCCUUAAGUAUACUGGCGCUUUGCAGAAAGGUCCAAGUCAGGCCGUUGUGAUGACUACCUUGGUUUGUACCCUCGCCUCAGCUUUCUUCACACAGGUCAUUGGUAUUCAUGCCAUUUUUGGAGGCUUUGUUCUUGGCUUGAUGUGUCCACAUGAGGGAGGCUUUGCCAUUAAGCUGACGGAGAAAAUCGAAGAUUUGGUCGCGACCAUCUUCCUGCCUCUUUAUUUCGCUCUAUCUGGACUGAGCACCAAUCUGGGACUCCUGGACUCUGGCAUCGUCUGGGGUUAUGUUGUGGGUAUUAUUGCCAUUGCCUUUAUCGCUAAAGUCACUGGAGGCGCUAUUGCUUCCCGGUACUGCGGUAUGUUGUGGCGCGAAAGUUUUUCAAUUGGAGUUUUGAUGAGUUGCAAGGGAUUGGUAGAGCUGAUUGUUCUGAAUAUUGGUCUCCAAGCCAAGAUUCUCAGCACGCGUACAUUCACCAUGUUUGUUGUCAUGGCUCUUGUCACAACAUUUAUGACUACUCCAUUGACCAUGUCGCUCUAUCCCAGCUGGUAUCAGAUCAAGGUGGCUCGCUGGCGACGUGGAGAGAUUGAUUGGAAUGAGAAUCCGCUCCCACAGGGAGAUCGUUCGGAUAGUGUUACGGCUGUCAAGGAUCAGCUCAAGACUGUGCCUGUGCGGAAACUGCUGGUCUAUCUCCGCCUGGAUGGCCUGUCUGGACUCUGUACUUUGGCCGCUCUCCUGAGUCCCAACCGAAAUGCGACCCUGUCAUCUCCUCAGGUGCACCCUUCAAAGAUCCCGAAGCCAACUGAGCAGACUUUGGAAGAUCUUGCUGCUCAACAGGUUGAAGAUGAAAAUCUCACUCUUCGUGUCAAAGGAAUGCGACUUGUGGAAUUGACAGAUCGUGACUCUAGUGUUAUGAAGGUCUCAGCGGGUGAAUACGCGUUCUCAGAUCCUGUGAUCAACACAUUCCACGCUUUUGGCGAAUGGCAUGAUCUGUCGCUUAUGGCCGGUGUCUCUGUAGUACCCGAACAUUCCUACGCAGACAGUAUUGUCAGCACGGCUGUUCAGGACACUUCCGACUUACUUCUACUUCCAUGGAGUGAGACCGGAGCACUGGCAGACCGACAGAAUGGAGUUGAGCUCGAUACAAGCGGCCGAUUCGCAAACGGUGAAUACGCCGGCUUUGUAUCUGAGAUCUUGAACCGAGUCUCGGGUAAUGUGGGUAUCUUGAUUGAUCAUACCGUGGAUGAUUCAAGCAAACGGCCGGCUUUGCAGCGGUCACCAAGCGAUUUCGGUACCCAGGACACUACUUGGACUCGGCCCUCGCCAACAGGUAGUCGCUCCCACCACCUUGUACUCCCCUUCUUCGGUGGCGAGGAUGACCGAUUUGCUCUUCGUUUCGUCAUACAAUUGCUUCAAAGCGAUCAUGUCACCGCAACUAUCAUUCAGAUCGGUUCUUCACGAUCCAGCUCGCCUAAAGGCACUGGGUCAUCGAGUGAUACAUCGGACGUAGUCUUCCUCGAAACAUUACGUGAUUCUAUCCCCGCGGAACUUCAAGACCGAGUUGUCUUCCAAUCAUCACCGGCGCAGGACACCAUUAGUGAUCCCGCGCAGGUUGCCCUUGCUGCUGUACGGGCGGAACUGAUUCACGCUACCAAUAAGCCUGGCAGCAUUGUGGUAGUUGGUCGCCGCAAUGACCCUACUGAAUCAAUCGUUGAAUUAGAUCAGGAUCAGGUUAUCGAUACUCGUACUCGCCAGGCACUGGGCGCAGUGGGCUCUGUGAUGGUGCAGCCUGAGAAUAAGGUGAAUGGAAGCAUAUUGGUUCUUCAGGCUGGUACUAAUGUAUCUUCGGAUAACACUCGUUAA